AUGGCGGCGGGCGAUGGCGGCGGCGGGAGGAGCGGGGGGCGGCCGGAGCCCCCCCAGGAUCGGGCCCUGGCGCUGCCCGCCCCCCCGCGGGACCCCCCCCGGGACCCCCCCCGGGACCCCCCCCGGGACCCCCCGCACACGCUGCAGGGGCUGCUGGAGAUGGCGGUGACGGCCGGGAGCCGCGGGCCGAGCCCGGAGCCCAUGAGCGACGAGCGGCAGCGCUGGCUCCGCGCGGCCAUGGCCGAGGCGCUGGGGGGGGUGGCGGCGGGGCCGGUGGCCGAACUGCGGCGCUGCCUGGAGGUGCUGGGGGGGGGCGGGGUGCCCCCCCCGCGGGACGCGGAGGCGCAGGAGGCGGCGCUGGAGCAGCUGCGGGAGCUGCUGGAGAACGUGGACGUGGCGCAAGAUUUCCUGGCCCUGGGGGGUCUGGAGACGCUGGUGAAGUUUUUGGGGCACCCGCACCCCCCAAUACGAGCCGGAGCCGCCCGAGCCCUGGGCUCCUGCGCCCAGAACCUGCCCCCGGCCCAGGGGGGGGCGCUGGCGCUGGGCGCCCUCCCCCCGCUGCUGGGGGCGCUGCGGGGGGACCCCCACCCCCAGGCGGCCCCCGCCGCCCUCUUCGCCAUCUCCUGUCUGGUGCGGUCGCAGCCGCGGGGGCUGCAGCAGCUGGAGGCUGGGGGGCUGGAGGUGCUGGGGGGGGCCCUGCAGAGCCCCCUCCCCCCCCUGCGCGCCCGCGCCGCCUUCCUGCUGCACGCGCUGCUGCUGGAGCAGCCCCGGCUCUGCGCCCCGCUGUGCCGGGGGGGUCUGGUCCCCCGGUUGGUGUCGCUGCUGCGCACGGAGCACGAGGGGACACACGAGCACGCCAUGGGGACACUGUGCAGUUUGGCGGGUUCCCCCGAGGGGCUGCGCGCGUGCCGGGACCCCCCCCUGGGGCUGGAGCGGCUGCUGCGGGAGCGGCGGGAGCAGCUGGGGGGGGCAGCGCGAGUUCCAGGAGGAGCUGGAGUUCUGCGAGCGGCUACUGCAGCUUUGCUUCGACAGCCCCCCCGGGGAGGGGGCCGACCGGUGACCCCCCCCAAAAAAUUGGGACACCCCCAAAAGUCUGGGGACCCCCCGGGUGCAUGGCGACCCCCCCCCCCCCAGUUCUGGGGGUUAAUAAAGAUUUUGCUCCUCAAUGCGUCUUGGGUUUAAAAAUGGGGUGGGGGU